UCUUUGAGAGCUCUUUGAGUGAACGUCUUCAUAAAGGUCGUCAGCUGAUUGGCAGAAUGAACAGAAAUUCGUGGCUGCUGUGUAGCUGCUGUCGACUGUUAUCAGACAAUAUACUUGUUUAUCUCUGCCAGUCUGCUAUGAAGGGAUAAAACACUUUGUUGCAGCUAGUGUGUUGUACUUUAGUUGUGCUCGUUAGCUGCAAACUCAGUUGCCUGCUGUUAUGGCAUCUUUACUAGUGAAAAGCUUUUCCCGAAAUUGGCGCGCGGUUUCCAAUAAAUCGUCUGCUAUUCGUCCGGCGUCUGCUUCAUUGGAGAGAAGUAUUCAGAGCACAGCAGUCCAACAUGACAUUAAAGCUGACAAGGUAGAGGUGACAUUUGUGAAAACUAAUGGCGAGAAGAUUAAAGCGGUUGGUAAAGUCGGUGACAGUCUCCUGGAUAUAGUUGUGAGCAAUAGCAUAGAUCUGGAUGGGUUUGGUGCAUGUGAGGGAACCUUAACCUGUUCCACAUGCCACUUAAUCCUGAAAAAAGAAGACUAUGAUCGUUUGCCAGAGAAACCUACAGAUGAAGAGCUAGACAUGCUUGAUUUAGCAUAUGAUCCUACAGACACGUCACGUUUGGGAUGCCAGAUCAUUAUGACGAAAGAUCUCAAUGGUUUAGAAGUAAAGGUUCCUGCAGGCAUAAAUGAUGCACGCAGCUAACACGUGUGCACCCCCCCCCCCUCCCUUUUACACACACACACACACACACACACACACACACACACACACACACACACACACACACACUCUCUCUCUCUCUUUACCUCAGUGACUGACUCUUAAUAGGAGUGCUCUUGUUUAAUAGACAGACAACUGCUGUUGUUAUUGCAGGUAAACACUCACUCCCAUUGGGUAAUAGCUCCAAACUUUUUGUACCUACUGUUCUUUGUUGAAAUUUGUAUGUUGUCACAGAACAUGUCCUACUGCUCUCCAAUCGCAAAUUCAGUUUCUAUUCCCACGUCUUGAGGCUCUAGUUUAUGCUUAAACUAUACUUGCAUCCUAAUGUGAUACUGCUGUUUUCAGAAGGAAAAAAAAAUGCUGUAUGCCUUUGUUUAGAGAUGUAAUGAUAACAAGCUGACUGCCACGGUUAGCCUAUAAAAUGUCCAGUGAAGUAGGAAAGAAUGUAAAAUACCAAGAAACUGCAGCUUCAGCAACAGUGGCACUGAAAAUAUUCAUGAAAUCCCCUUGAAUAACAACUGGCUUUUUGUAAUGUUGGGUUCAGACAUUGCAAGUUUGUCAUUUCAAACUAGCUUUAUAUAAAAAAAAUAACUUUUGUUGUGGAAUAGUUGUUAAUUUGUCAGCAAUGUUGUUAGACGAUCAGCAGCAAAUGUAAAGAAAGUUAACAGUACUGAAUGAUGUGUGUACUGUAGGAUGACACAGAUUUGUAAAUAAUUGAUGAAAGUUAAGAUAUUCCCAAGUUUGGUUUACUAUUGUCUUGAGAAACAGCUCAAGAAAUGUGUGUGCUGUAUUAAUAAAAAUGUACAUUUUUGUGAAGCCUGUGUGAGGAUAAGUGUCCGAAGACUGUACCUAUCUGUAUGUGGUAAUGUGUUGUUGGUGUCACCACAUUUGUUAUGUAUGCUUCUAUUUUAAUAUCUUCUCAUACAGAAUGAUGUACAAAUUCUUGAGGAGCAGUAAAUAUUAUUAGUUUUGGAUAUCAACUAUUUUGCUACAUGAAAGAAAAUAUAUUUGUAAUAAAGAAACUUAAAACUAAAA